GAAUGGUUCUUCCCCAUCUGCUGCACUGUUCUUUGUCUUCUGAUAGAAAGGAGGCUGCUUUCCGUUUCCUGAGCUAAGCUUUCGUCCAAUCAAACGGCUCUUAAAAAGUUUCUCCGGAGCGAAAGCAUAACAGUACAAGAGGGAAGCUCUUCCCUACGAGUGCGAAAGUGAGGGUUUGGCAAAUUGGCUAAGAGAGACGAAUGGACGAAGAUCAAAUACUGGGUUUUGUCACUGCGUACCUGAGAAAGAAAGGGUUUACUCAAACGGAGCAUGCUUUUCAGGAGGAACUUCAACAGAAUAAGAACACUUCCUCCGCUAAUUCUCUUAUCGAACCCGACAUUGCCAAGCAAAUUCUUGCCUUCUCCACGUUAGAAAGUGGUCCUGCAAGAUUUCACGAUGGGUAUAGCAGACUCAGAUCAUGGGCAUAUAGUUCAUUGGAUUUGUACAAGCAUGAAUUAUUGCGUGUGCUUUAUCCAGUGUUUAUUCAUUGUUUUAUGGAUCUUGUGGCAAAAGGGCAUAUCCAAGAAGCCCGGAACUUUUUCAAUACCUUCCGUGAAGACCAUGAGAUGAUGCACUUACGAGACCUUCAGAAGUUGGAAGGUGUGCUUUCUCCUUCUCAUCUGCAGGAAAUGGAAUUCGCUCAUUCACUUAGACAGAGCAAAUUCAACAUAAAGAUAUGUCAGUAUUCCCACCAGCUUCUGUUGCAACAUCUCCGCGAUACGCAAUCCACCACUGUACUUGGUAUAAUUAAUGAGCACAUUGACUUCCAAGUUACUCCCGGACAACCUAGCUCAAUUUCUGAUGAUCCAGAGGCUGUUACGCUCUCUGGAAGCAGCCAGGACGCAGCAAAUCAGAUAAAUCAAAAAGAAAUACAUUGGGGGUUGCUUGAAGACUCUCUAGAAGAACGCCUAGAGAAGGCUGGUGCCUUGCUUUCCGAUUCUGAAAAGGGGGAAGGGGAAGCCAAAGAAGGGGACAAUGAAGAGAACAAGAAAAGAUCAAUUGAAGGGGGAAAGCAAGGUGCCUCAAUCAAGAAAGUAAAAAAGGACAAGGGUGGAAGUGCAUCUGGGAAAAGCGCAAAACCUGAUGCUAGUACUAUACCUGCAGCACCACGUGUUAAACCAGAACUUCCCUUGCCCAUAAUUCCAACAGAGGUAGAACAGUCUAUCCUUGAAGAUUUAAGGAACCGCGUACAAUUGAGUAGUGUUGCACUGCCUUCAGUUAGCUUUUACACGUUUCUCAAUACACAUAAUGGUUUAAGCUGCUCAUCAAUAUCCCACGAUGGUUCGUUGGUUGUUGGAGGGUUUUCUGACUCAUCACUGAAGGUUUGGGAUAUGGCAAAGCUUGGACAACAGACUGUCAGUUCUCUUUCACAGGGUGAGAAUGACACGUCUCAAAAUGAACAAGUACUUGGGCAAAGUGGUGGGAGAAGACAGUAUACAUUAUUUCAAGGUCAUUCAGGGCCAGUUUAUGCAGCCAGUUUUAGCCCUGUUGGGGAUUUUAUUCUUUCCUCUUCAGCAGACUCGACUGUUAGAUUAUGGAACACAAAACUUAAUGCAAACCUUGUUUGCUACAAGGGCCACAAUUACCCUGUCUGGGACGUUCAGUUUAGUCCUGUGGGGCAUUAUUUUGCCAGUGCUUCACACGAUAGAACUGCUAGAAUUUGGUCCAUGGACAGGAUACAGCCAUUAAGAAUAAUGGCUGGGCAUUUGUCUGACGUUGAUUGUGUGCAAUGGCAUACCAACUGCAACUACAUUGCUACUGGCUCCAGUGAUAAAACAGUUCGAUUAUGGGAUGUGCAGAGUGGGGAGUGUGUCCGGAUUUUCAUCGGUCAUAGGAGUAUGAUUUUGUCUUUGGCAAUGUCUCCUGAUGGUCGCUACAUGGCAUCUGGUGAUGAAGAUGGUACAAUCAUGAUGUGGGACCUCUCUAGUGGCAGCUGCCUCGCACCUCUGGUUGGUCACACCUCAUGUGUCUGGACACUUGCCUUCAGCUGUGAAGGUACUCUUCUUGCAUCUGGAUCCGCUGAUUGCACUGUGAAACUAUGGGAUGUGACUACGAGUGUAAAACUUCCAAGGACUGAGGAAAAGAGCGGGAGUACUAACAGACUCAGAUCAUUAAAAACUCUGCCGACCAAAUCUACCCCAGUUUCCUCUUUGCGGUUUUCCCGGAGGAAUCUGCUUUUUGCUGCCGGAGCUCUUGCAAGAAAUGGUUAAAAUAAGCUUGUAUCGAGUAAUAUAGCACAUAUUCUUCUAUUUUAUUCUUUAUUGGCAAGUCAUUGAAACUAUCAGUUGAGUUAUAAUAUUCUGUCAGGGUGCCAAAGAACUACCAUGCCUCCUUGAGAUCCUCACAGCAGACAUAUGCUAGUGCAACUUUUCAAUUUCUUCAGAACCAAGUCUUCAUGCAUUUAACAUUUCAAAAUGAAGUCUCUGCAUUAUGCUGUCCUACCGGGCAACCCAUAUGGACGCCAAGUGUAUGACUGUGAAAUAACUCCUUUAGUUCCUUUUUUUUUUUUUUUGGCCUUCAACUCCUUUAGGGCGUAGAAUAGAAACCUUUUGCCAGUUGAUUUGUUUAUUGAGCUCCAUGCCUCCUAACUAGUCUUUUUUCUCUCUGAAUUGUAUUAAGGAAAACAGUGAAACCUCGCAUGACUUUAUACUGGGAAAUAUUUUAUGGUUUUUUCUAACCUGUGAAUAUUUGAAUCAUAUGAUUAUGUAGCUACAAAAUUAAUGUCUGGACACAGGUAAAAGAAUUUGCCUAUCCGGGUACAGUUA